AUGAAGAUUGUGGUAGAAGGGAAGCAGUUCUGCUGUUACGAUUGCCUCCCCUGCCCUGGAGGGAAAAUAUCCAGCCAGCAUGACGUGGAUGACUGUUCUGAAUGCCCACAAGGUCAAUACGCAAGCAAGAAGCAUGAUUCGUGCAUUACGAAGAAAUUGAUUUUCUUGUCCUAUGACAAUCCUUUGGGUAUGAGCUUAGCUAUAUUGGCCCUUUCCUUUUCUCUCUGCACUCUUUUGGUGCUAGGAACAUUUCUGAAACAUCACAACUCUCCCAUUGUCAAAGCCAACAACCGGGAUCUCACCUACAUGCUCCUUGUCUCUCUGUUGCUUUGCUUCCUCUGCACACUGCAGUUCCUCAUUCCUCCUGGGAAUAUCAUUUGCCUCCUCCGGCAAAUCACUUUUGCCAUUGUCUUCUCUGUGGCUGUAUCUUGCGUGUUGGCAAAAACCAUCAUUGUGCUUUUAGCAUUCAUGGCCACCAAACCGGGAUCCCGAGUACGGAAGUGGGUGGGGAGACGACUGGCCAUCUCCAUUGUCCUUUCUUGUUCCCUUAUUCAAGCAGGCAUCUGUACAGUUUGGUUGGCAACAACUCCUCCCUUUCCAGAUAUGGACCUACACUCAGAAACUGCAGAAAUCAUCCUGCAAUGCAAUGAAGGCUCAGCUACUAUGUUUUACUGUGUUCUGGGUUAUAUGGGCUUCCUGGCAGCUUCCAGUUUUACAGUGGCUUUUCUUUCUAGGAAAAUCCCCAAACUGCAAGUAACGAAGCAAGCAAUCCGCUAUUUAGAGAACUGGUGGCAGAAAUCGAAAAACCGAUAUGACA